UAUGACCUAACAUGAAAACCUGCAAUGGAUGCUGAAACGAACUGAGAAAUAACAUGCACCUGAAGUCAACAAAACCAGCAAGAGAACGACUUAUAGCCUUGGCCAGCAGUCGAUGAUCGUCGAUCACGGUCAACGAAAAAAGAGCCGCCGUUGGAUAAAGUUUCAUCUGCGUCAAACAAUAACGAAUUCGAUUUGCCAUAAGUCGUUUCAUCCAAGCUCAAAGACCUCAAAGAGCCAGACAAUCUUUUGGACACUGUCACACGUCACGCAAUUCUUCCCAGCAUUCAUUGCAUUAAGCAAGAAUUUGRCGAAGUUUGCUCAAUACAAAAGGUGUCAUUAGGAAUAGAAGGUUGUUAUGGCGGAAAAUCAGCCCAAGAUCAAGUGCAAUAACUUCGAAAAUGAUACUGAAUUGAUUAACUAUUAUGACAAGUGGGCGAAAAAUUAUGACGAGGAUGUARCAAAAGAACGUGGAUACAUUGGUCCAGAAGUUGGAGCCCAUACGCUACACGAGUUCCUGGAGAAGACAAAACUUGGCAAAAACUGCCGUAUACUUGAUGUAGGAGGGGGUACUGGAAUGGUUGCUGAACAUUUAAARAAAUUGAAUUAUUCUAGUAUAGAUUCCCUUGAGCCUUCCAAAGAAAGCAAUGAAGUUGCACGRAGCAAACACGUCUACCAAAAUAUAUUUGAAUAUUUUAUAGAACCAGGAAAAGAAGUGCCAAUCACAGCCAACAGCUACGAUGCUGCYGURGCRAUUGGAGUUUUCACUAAAGGUCAUUUCAAAGGUGAAAACAGUGCUAUGGAGGAGAUGAUCAGACUUGUUAAACCAGGGGGUUUGRUUUGUUUUUCUAUAAGAGAAGACAUAGCAUUUGAUAAAGAAUACCUUCAUCAAGACAAGAUGAAGAAAUUUUGUGAGAAUAAAUUAUGGAAGGAAUUGYUGAAUGCCAAAAAGCCAUAUCACGUGGCUGGAAAUAAUGACUUUUGCUUUAUGCAUGUCUUUGAAGUCUUGUAAGGCAAUUGUUUAUAAUAUUUAUACCAUUAAUGACAUAUAUAAUAUUUUUGAAUAUUUGGGUUAGAUUGCACUGGCAAUUUUAUUAGUGGAAUAAAAAAUAAAAACUACUGGACGGUACUUUGAUAGAACAUUUUUUUACUAAUUCAGAUAUUUUUGUAAUAUAUAUUAGAUUUAUGUAUAAUAAACUUCUGCUUGAUAAAGAACACAUGAUAAACUUGUGGCAGAAAUAGCAUUAAUUUGUAGAAAAUAUAGAAAACAAAGAAUUAGGAAUAAAAUUUGGGUAUUAAACACAAAAAAUGUAAUAGUCAAGGUGUAAUAUUCCAACAGACACAGAAAUUUAUAGUUCCCUCCAGCUGGUAAUUUUGAUUAAAGAUUUUUUUUUUCACACCAAAUAUUGAUUAUUCUUAGAAUUCCAGUAUGGACAGGUAAAGCCUCAAAUCUAUGCGUAAAUUGACUGUUUAAUAUUGUUUUCUAUCCAGCAAUUAGGCUGUACUAAUUUGUCUUUUCUUCAUAUAAGGGAGAAGUGCUUGAGUAAGAUUUUGAAUAAAUUUAUGUGUGAUUUAGUUGGUCCUGACCAAAACCCAAAUCACUAUUUCACC